AUUGAAGAAACCCCAUUACCAUUUUCCUUUUUCACUCUCUUUCUUUUCCCCCAAACCACAGACAUACUAUAGCUUCUUCCUAGCUAAGGUUACCCAUCAUGUCCAUGACAAGCCAAAGACCAACAACAACUGAGUCGUUGACCGCGAUCGAACAGUCUAGAUCCUCCUCCUCCACCGCCCCUCCAUCGCAUCCAAGCCGUUACGAAUCUCAGAAACGCCGUGAUUGGAACACCUUCUGUCAGUACCUCAAGAACCAACGUCCUCCUGUUUCCCUAUCCCAUUUCAGCUUCAACCAUGUCCUUGAAUUUCUCCGAUACUUAGAUCAGUUUGGAAAGACUAAGGUUCACCACCCUGUUUGUGUCUUCUUCGGGCAACCCGACCCGCCUGCACCUUGCACCUGCCCUCUCCGUCAGGCUUGGGGAAGCCUCGAUGCCUUGAUCGGACGUCUCCGGGCAGCUUACGAGGAGAACGGUGGAUCCCCCGACUUGAACCCUUUUGGAAACGGGGCGAUCCGGGUUUACUUGAGGGAGGUCAAAGAGUGUCAAGCAAAGGCAAGGGGAAUUCCUUACAAGAAGAAAAAGAAGAAGAAGAACAACAACAAUCCGAUCACCAAGUUCAAGGAUCAUGCAGAAGCAGUGCAACCCUUCAAAUUGGGUACCUAAAAAUAUGCAUCAAAACAUAUAUGUGUUUGAUAUUAUUGCAGGAGGAGCACAUAACAAGAUCUCUUGUGUUGGUUAAGAAGGAAGAUCCACAAAAUAUAAGCAAGCUUAAUACAUUAUAUGUAUGUUUGUGUAGUAGCAUCAUAUAUAUAUAUCUAUAUAUAGUUAAUCAUCCACCUAAGACAUCAUUUUCACUAUAAAUUAUGGUAAAUCAUCUAUCAUUGCUCACUCCAUAUUCAGAUCUUCUUUGCUCAAACAAGAAAAAAAUGUUAUAUUUUUUUGUUAUUGAAGAAUUCAUAUAUGGCCUUC